CCAGACCACGACCGUGACUCCUUGCUUCACACGAUGCGAGGUCUCACCGAUGUCCGGCCAGAGCAUUGCCGUCAUCUUCUUCGAGGUGGCCGCCGUCCGUUGCGUCCAGUAUAGCAUUCAAUGUCACGACCAAUACAGCGUAGCCGGUCUCUCAUUGCCUGUCCCACACUGGAUGGUCAAGUGCGGUACUCCAGCUUCCUGCCAGACGGUGGCUCGGCAGUGAUUGAACCCAAGCUCUGGCUCAUCUCUUCCGGCACAGACACCGCUCUCAGCUCCAUCACUCUUUCCCCUGGUGCGAGGACCAGCGGAGACGCAUGUUCUGGCGUUGUCGAACAGGAGAUUCUAGCAGUGACUAGGAGUGCAGACGAAGAGGCGGUAGUGCUCCUGGUGCCUUUGAACAGAGUGGGCGAGAGAUUGCAGUCACCGGCUUUUACCAUGGAGGGGAUGCAAGUGAGCAAGAGCUUUGAGGUACUAUACGAGAAAAGCUCAUACGAGAGCAGGGGAGAGGAGAGGAUGGGUGUGAGAGUAAGUGGGGAGGAGUGGAGCCGUGAGCUGUCGCCUGCCAGCCAACGUAUUUCCCUUUUCGCUUGAAACAAGCCUGUCGGGUGAGGCUCCGAAACAACGCAACUCAAACAUUCCGCAGGCAA